UUUACGUUCAACAGGCGUAUCGCAGUCUUUCCUGUGUAUUUCGACAAAUAACUCGUGAAUGUUUUGUAGUUUUGUAGUGGUUUAUUUAUGUGUUCCAAGGCACUGUUUAAUGAUUUUUCCGAAAUCGGAAAAUUUUUUUCAGAUUUAAAUGGCAGUAUAUCCCAGAAAUGGAAGAGGCUUCGAAAAUGCUGCGCAUCUCUUAGGGGCAGUAAUGUAUACAAUUCGGAAACAUCUAAAAGUACAUUGCUGGAAUCGACGACCCCUCACAUUCUAGUCAGCACACCACAUACCACUUCUUCGUUACGAAUACCCAACACUACCAAGAAGAGUAGCGUUCAAGAUGUACUGAGGGCGAAACUAAAUCAAAUUCAUAUAGGUAUAAGAAAACGACGCGCUCUCUCCGUCCAAGAGUUCUUCCACAAUCCGAGCCAGGAGAAACCUCCAACAUUUUACGUUCCAUCACCGUCCGAUGAUCACCCCAUCGCCCAAACCAGACGACCCAGGUCGCGCCAAAGAGCCAUCAAUUCACUGACUUUCACCCCGUCACAUAGCAAAGAAUUCAUAAAAACCAACAGCGGGGAGUGGGAUCCGCUACCCUACGAACCUCCACCGGACUACGAUCUGGAAGACAAACCUCCUAACAGACGGUGGUCGGUGGUGACAUUCAGCAAAGGUCCUGAAAAAACGAAAACGAAAAUUGAAAACGUUAAUAUUAAGAUACCGAAGACAAAGUUGAAUAAGCAACUUGACAGGGCGAGGUCACAAUCACCUAGUUGGAAGAAAGAACAAGUUAAAUCAAUUAAUGGCGAACACAAUAGGCGAAUCGCGAACUCGAAGAGCCAUUAUGAGCUCGUAGGUGCUAGGCAAAAACCGGAAGGCGCUAGAGACCGCGUGCGUGACCAACAGGAUUCCAUAGAAGAAUUGGAGGAAAUAGAAGAAGAGGAAUCUAAAUUUUGUACUUUACCACGUGGAGGAAAUACGUUUACCAUUCGUCAGGUCGUGUUCCACAAAGGACCAGACUUUAAACCGUUAGGUUUCAGUAUAGUUGGUGGUAGAGAUUCCCCAAAAGGAAGCAUGGGCAUUUAUGUUAAAACUAUUUUUCCUAAUGGACAGGCAGCUGAUAGUGGUACACUGAAGGAAGGUGACGAAAUUCUUGCAGUGAAUAGCAAACCCCUUCACGGUUGUUCCCAUAAAGAGGCCAUCAACGUUUUCAAACAGAUUCGUCAAGGAUCAGUCCUUUUGCAUAUAGGUCGCAGAAUCACCAAGAAACAUCGAGACAAAAAUUACUAAUUGUUUUUUAAACCUACAUCGAAUAUUUUAUUUAUUUUAAGGAAUUGUAGCUAAAUCUGCAGAACUCUGUUGGUUCCAUAAUUAUUAUAUAGUCAUUUUACCCCUUACAUUAUACCCAUAUUGAAUAUAUAUUUGAAUGUACGCUUCUCCCAAAAUGUAAAAAUAACAUUAUGCUAAUGAUGUAAUGCAGAUUAUAAAAAUCCCUCGAUAUUUGAGCCACAUGGAAACAUUUUAACUUAAUUUACCAUCAUCAGUCAAUGCAGAUUUAAAAAAGAGUGUGAAUGGAGUUUGAUUUUAUACUAUUUCGAAUAGUAAAAAUUUAUAAAGCAAAAUAGUGAUGUAAAUUUAAGAUUACUCUUACAUUUAGGAAAAAACUUUCACGUACUUAUUUUUUAAGUAUAGUAGAAAAAUAUAUUUAUUCUUUGCCAUUCCUUGGAAAUUGGCUGUAAAUCAUCUAAUAAAAUAUAUAGGUACAUUUAUUAAUAUUCCUUAACACGAAUAAAAUAUUUGAAAUGUUUACUAGUAACUGCCUUUUUAAUUAUUUUAUAAAUGAGUACCAAAGAUAUGAACGUUAUCAGCAAAUUUAUGCUUUUGCAUAAUUUAUCUUGAGUAACAAUGUUCUACUUUUAAUAUUAAUGGUUGUUUUAUGUUUACUUUUUGUUUAAAUAUCUGUUUGCAAUAUUCUGUGAAUAGUAACUAUUUUAUUUAUAUACCUUUUACAUUACGAAAUUAGCUAACUUUAUAACAUCACUCGUUUAAUUGUAUUGUCAAUCUGUGCAUCUUAUUAAUUAGUUGCUAUAUUAUACUUUUGUUAUCCAG